UGAAUUUAACUCCAUAUCUCUGUGUGUGUGUGUGCGUGCGUGUGUGUUUUUUUCUCUAAAUGUGCGGACCAAGCUUCUUCGUUGUUCUGCAGCUGGACUCUUCGUCACUGCCUUCGUCCUCCUUCUCCUCCUCCUCUUCCUGACCCCUCCCCACCCGGGUCCAUCCUUCAAGAAGGAGAACCGCCUGUCGCCGUUGAAACGUGGAGGGAAGGGCACGCGGCGGGACGCUCGCAUCAGGGCACGCGGCUCCAUUGUUAAUUUGGUGCCGGUUUGUGUCGACAUUAUUUGCUUCAGGGCUGGUUCCGAUCCGGAGGAGCUGCUCUCAUCUUCAAGUGGUGCUGAAGAACAACGUCGGCGGUCCAGAAGGGCACUAAAGAGUUGCAGGAACUGGCCGGUGUGACGCUCCACACUGAACAUACCAACCUACGAAGGGGAUGAAGCCGGAUGGAGCUACUAUGGAGUCCCCAGAGCUCGGCGAAGCUGCUGUCGUGGUGGAGCGCUCAUCUCAGGAAAACAUAAACGACGAAGCCCAAAUUCAUCCGGAAGCAGCAGCACCUGCAGAGACUCAAAAGGCCAAUGGGAAGCCUUUAGCAGUGGAUCCCAAAGUCAAACCAAAAGCAGCUGGAAGUAAAAUCCAACCAACAUCCUGUGCUGGCGCUGCUGGGUCCAGCUCACGGCUGGGAACUGCUUCACACCGCACAGAGAGGGAUAUUAAAUCUUCCUCUGCAGGGAGGAAAGCAGCAGCAGCAGGAGGAGUUGCAGCAUCAAAACCCUCUGCUGCAGGGGCUGUGCCUAAAAGACCAGUAGGUGUGCCAGCAAUUUCAUUCACAGCUAAAAACCAGUCGAGAGCUCUUGACAGGAAGCCAGUCGGACCCGUCAAGACUGCUGAUGCAACAGUAACCAAUGGUACCAAACUGAGAGUGGCACCCAAUGGCAUUAAUAGGAAACCAGCAGCUGAGGCUGCUAAUGGAGCUAGACCAAAAACCACAGCUGCUACUAAUAGACCGGUUGCUUCAGCUGCUCCAAAAACAAGCGCAUCAACCGCAACGAAACCUGCCGAUCCAGCCUCGUCGAGAACAAGGCCUGCUGCAGGUCCGUCAACAUCUCGAGCAACAUCCACCUUCUCAAAGCCGGCUGCUGCAGCAACAACAAAGAUUUCCACCACUGCGACUUCAAGAGUUGCUUCUUCAAGAGCCACUGCAGCGCCAUCUGCUGGCAGGAGCGCAGGAGCACAGCUGAAUAAAAAUCCUGCUAAUAAAGAUGUUAGUCGACCACCUUCUGCUGCAGUUGCCAAGAAACCCCUUACAACACAAUCAGCAUCACCUGUGGCCAAAAAGAAAGAAACAUCAAAAACUACAACUGCAGUGAAACCAACCUCUGCUCCAACGGCAACCAAGGCAGCCGAUCCUAAAGCGUCGCUGGGCAAAGUUCAAUCCGUGGUAAAACCGACCCAAAUGAAGAAACCUGCAGCCACGGCUCGCUUCCCUCAGUCAACCAGACCACCACUUGGGCGAACUCCACCUUGUUCUCCAGCAGGCAGACCUUUGACCCCCGCAGCAAAACGCGGAACCAACAAACCGACUCAGACCGUCUCGCCUUUCACACAAAAAGCUGCGAAAGUCGCGUUGCCUGUUGCCGAACCACAGAUUGCAGCUCCUUCAACGACAGCAGCUGAAUCUGUUCAGGUAGCAGACACCGUAACCGAGGUUACGACAGCGGCUGUAGUUUCUGCUGUUGAGGAGGUCCAAACCCAGCAGGGAAGGGAUGCAGAACCAGAGGAGGUGGCCCAACCCAUCAACACAACAUCGCCACCAACAUCUCCUCCUUUUCAGGAACAAUCUGAGGACCGUGCCGCGCCGCUUCCUGAGCCAGAGAAGCUCUCUUCCCCAGCCAAGCCUUCAUCACCAACCGUGGCCUCUUCUUCUGCUCGCCUCCCUCAGGAAGCGGAUCAAACCGCCUCUACACCUGAUGUCAACCCAACAGAACCAAGCACCGCUGCACAGACAGAGGUUGCUAUUAUUAAUCUAAAUGAAGAGGAAGAUGAGGAAGAGCGCGAGGGAAGCCAGUUGGUGUCUGUGUCGGAAAUGAGCGGAACCACACAGCCGACUGAAGAGUCCCGUCCCGGGUCCGGCGGGCCGGUCAGCAGGGCCGCCUGGAAAGCCGGAGGCGCCUUGCUUUCGGAAUUGGACUCGGAGGAUGUGAGCGGGAGCCAGCAGGGGGCGUCGGAGCUGAGCGCGCCCGGCGUCCUGGAGGGCACGGAGAGCACGGACGACCUCGGAGACGGCAGCCUCAAAGGAGCCAUCGAUAUGGAGUUGGCUUCGGUGGGUUCCCCCGACUUCGAGAAGGUUCCCGACAUUCCCGCCAACGAAUUCGAAGACGAAGAUGAGGACGACAGCGACCGGGUGUGCGACAUGGAAGUGGGCUCGGAGCGGAUUGACGAGCCGCGCAGACCGAGGCAUGACAACGACGUGGACGAAGAUGAGGACGAUGAUGACGUGGAAAUGGCGAGCGAAGGCGUGACGGAGAGCGGACUAGAAAGCUACGGAAAUGCGGAUGAGGACGACUUUGCGGAGGACAACUUGGAUAACUUGAACCGGGUCCUACAGCCGCUACCGCCACCACCGGUGCUGCCCUCCGCACCAGCGGCCCAGUGGGACCAACCCAACCCGUUCGCUUCUCCGUGGGAAGAACCGCCACAAUCACACAUUCCAGAAGAAUCUAAAGCCUCUGCAAACUGCGAGGCUUUAGCUCAAUCCGCAGCGCAGACCUGGCUGGACGUAGGAUCUGCACCUUCUGCUCUUGAACGACAAGAUGUCUGCCAUCAUUCAUCGGUGCCAAACGAACCUCCGAACCUGGAACCGGUGGGUCCAGCCUCGGAAACGGCCCUACCUGGAGACCAGGGCGACCAGAAGCAGGAAGGGAAGCUCCCAGCUAACAUUUUUGAAGCUUUGGCGCAUUCCUCGCAGCCGGAUGGAGACUGUCAGGACGCUCAGGUGGAGAGAGGAGAGCAGGAGGAGGAGGAGGAAGAGGCUGAACCUGAAACUCUGCCUGCUGAUGAAGUUCUUGGCGGCCCCUCGACAGCGCCAACGUCCAACCCCUCCUCUUCCUCUGUAACGGAAGAUGAGGCGAGCGACACGGAGGGAGAAGCUCAGCUGGACGAAUCGCUGAAGUGUCCACUAGUGUCCAACCUGACUUUCGACAUGCAGCCUCCGCUGCCCCAGCGCUGCCUGUCCACCGUGGAAGAGGGAGAGGAGGUGGAAAGUUUCAUCGCCGAUGAAGCCACUCCACCUUCAGCGGCUUCACUGGCGUCCUACAACUUCGACUCCGUAACCACAGCUUCCAACUCCAACUCCAACGCCCAGUCCACCGGCGAGAGCUGCAUCAAGAGCCCCGGCAUCUUCUCCCUUGAGGAACUUCCGGAGGAGGCCAAGGAACCGGGCCUGAACCUGGAGCCUGACGCUCAGUGCCGCGCCGCAGAGUACAUCGAGUGUGGGAAGCAGCAGGAAGCGGAGGCGGCUGAGCGCGUCGAGACGGAACUGCCUGGAUCUGAAGACGCCACAGUGAAGACGGAGGAAAUCGCAGAAGACAUCCAGCCCCCGUACUAUUCGACUGUCUGUGAAAAGACUGAGGACUCUUUUGCAGGCUUUGCGGCGAUCCCACACCCUCACCGCCGCGAUCACUCGUCCUACCCCAGAACGUUCUGCGACCUCGUCAAACCCGUCAUCAGCGCCGCCGCUUCGCCCAAGCUCACCUGCACCGACCUGCCGCCCCGGAGCCUCGGGCAGCAGGCGCUGAGCCCGCAGCUCCGCAGGCUGGAGCAGCACCAGAGGCAGCUGCUGGAGCUGCAGCAGCGCCGGGCGCAGCAGAGCCGGCCGCUGGAGGAGGCCGAGCAGGAGAGGAAGAGGAGGGUGGAGGAGGAGCAGAGGAAGAAGAAAGACGAGGCAGAAGAAGAAAUAAAGAGGAAUAAGGCGGAUGAGGAGAGGAGGAAGAAGGAGGAAGAGGAGCUGCAGCAGAGGAGAGGUCUGGAACUGCAGCUGCAGCAGCAACAGCAGGAGCUGCAGCAGAGGCAGCAGAUAAUGCAGUGGCAGCAAGAGCUGCAGCAGUCCAACAAAUCCCAGACUGCACUGCUGUCCCCUUCGUCUGGACUGUGCACCAUAUAUGAAGCUUUGGAGAGCAGCGAAGAUGAAGAAACCCCGGAGCAGAACCCGGAUCCAGACCCGACCCUACCUCGACCGGAUCCACACCAACAGAUGUGUCCCAGCUGCGACUCUGACCGACCGUCUCCGGAGCGACCGCCGCCCCUCGACCUGGACUGGGAGAAGAAGGUGGACAUUGUCCAGCAGCUGAUCAACCAGACGCUGCUGCUCAACGGGGACGGGUGCUCCUCCCUGCUGCUGCUGCCUGGCGGGGCGGGGGGCACUCUGAGCCCCCUGGAGAGCAGCCUCUGGCCCAGUCUGCUGCCCCCUCUCACUCCUCCGUCCGCCACCGUCACCUCCGUCAGCAGCUUCUCCCCUGAGGCCACCGGCAGCUCGCCACAGGGCGAGUGGACGGUGGUGGAGCUAGAGACUCAUCACUGAGGCUGCAGGGUGUAACUUUUAGAAAUCUUUACAUAUUUACUAAACCUAUUCGGACGUCAGGAUGGUGUAAUCUGAGAUGGAUAAUCUGUGAAAAAAAACAACCAAUCAGAGCCAGGAGGAGGGUCUUAGCGCUGUCCUCAUGUAUUUGUUGCUCAAUGAGAAACAAUUUACCCUUACAGGAAAACGUUUUAUCUGCCGUCAUCGGUGGCCAUGCUAACUAGAAACAACCAGUCAGAGCCAGGUCCAGGGUCUUAGUGCUGUCAAUCAAGCUUAUGUAUGUGCUGUUUACAUUCUCCCCUUUCUCUCUGUCAUGCCACAGUUGGUUCACCACAACAAAUCCUGUCAUGAAUGCUCAGACUGGUGGAUAAACGAUUUUCCUGGAAUGUUAAGUUGUUUCUUCACCUUUAGCACAUUUAGCAGCACACAUACCAGGUAGAUUGACAGCGCCAAGACCCUCCUCCUGGCUCUGAUUGGUUGUUUUUGACCGGGAGCGGUGCAUUUCUUCAGAUACUAAUAGUGGCUAAGGAAGGAGCUAGAUUAAUUCUGACAGAUUAUCCAUCUCAUGACAUUACGUCACGGCAUGUGGAACGUUUAAACUGUAAGGACUUUUCUACAUUCUUAUUGAAACUCACCAUGUCGCGAGACGGAUAAUCUAAAAAAAAAAAAAACCUUUUUAGCUCCUCUGCCUUCUCCCAGUGCUAGAAACGAAUCAGAGCCAGUAGGAGGGUAUUAGUGCCGUCAAUCAAUUUGUGUACGACAUGCUGAAUGAACUAAUGGUGAGAAACAACAUUCCAGAAAAAAAUGCUCAUCUACUAACAUCAGUGGCCAUGCUAACUAGCCUGAGCUAGUCUAAUUCCCUGUUACUUUUUGCUAUGCUACAACUAGCUUAGCCUUUCAUGGAUGCUCAGGCUAGUUAGCAUUGGGAAAAGGAAAAGCAGUUUUUUUUUAUUCAAUUUUUAUUUUUUAUUUUUUUUACUUUUUGUCCGUCUCGUAUUAUACCAUCACGACAGUGAAAGUUUUAACAAAUAUGUAAAAAAAAAAAAAAAAACAGAAAAAAGUUUUCUGGGUUUUUUCUGGGUUUUUAAAAAAUAAAAGUUACAUACUGCAGCUUUAAGGGGUAGUUGUGGAGAACACACACUGCAAAAAACAAAAUCUUACCCAGUAUUUAUGUCUAGUUCAGGCGUCUGCAACUUUGGACCUUCAACAAUGGGUCGGAAUAAAUCUCAUAUAUUAAUAAAAAAAACAAAUAAUGAUUUAAAAUAUAAAAUUAAUCACAAAUGUUGGUUUAAACAGCUGUUCUCACGUAGGGAAUAAAUUUUCUACAACAUAAUGACACUAAAAACACCAGUGAUUGUUUUAGAUGUACUAUAUUUUUAAGUUGGAAAUUAUGUUUUUUUUAUUUAUUUUCCAUAAAUUUAACAAUCCCACAGAAGGAAAUGUAUCAAUCUUCCUUUUCCUCUUUAUUUUAAAACCUAAAAACAAAUAUAAAAUUAAGUUUCUUGUAAAUUACAAAUCUCCUGAAGUGGAUAUUUAUAAAAAGUUUUAAGUUUUUUUUUUUUUUCGUUCUUUCUUUUUAAGAUCAUUCAAUUUUUGCAGCUCUUAUUUAGCUGAACUAAAGGUAAAUUUGGUAAAUGUUGCAGAUUCCUGAUCUAAUUUCUGGGACAAAUGCAGUUUGACACUUCAGAUAAGACAAAACCAACAAGUCACUUUUUAGCAAUCUAUAGUCAAUAAUUCUUGAAUAUUUAUAGAAAGUCCUAAUGCUGCCUGCAGAUUUUUUUUCCCACUUGUAGCAUGACAAUUUUCUCACAUCGUCGGUUAGAUAAUCUGCCAUUGGAAUUGAUUAAAUAUUCAAGAAUUACUGACUUUAAACGAGCUUGCUGAAUUUACUUGAACAUUAUAUUUGUCUUAUUAGAAGUUUAAUGAGAUAUUUGCACUAGAAACGAGAUAAAACGGAUUCAGAUUUUGUGUUUUUGCAGUGAAAAACAAGUGUUCAUUUUGUCACGGUUUGGAUUUAAAGGUUUUGAUGAUGAAAAAUGCUGCAUACAUUUGCAAAAACUGGAGACCAGAUUCUGCCUGAGAGCAAAUCUGACUUUUAUUCAGCAAAAAAUUACCCAGAAGAGUGAAAAAAAGUGUGAACAUUUUUCUACUCAGCCUUUAUUUAUUGUAUAAGUUGAUUACGGUGACACAAAAAAAUAAAAUCUGUCCCUUUUUUUUUUUUUUUUUUACCACCUUCUGCCUGUUGAGAGCUUCCAAUCCAAACAUUUGUGUACCGUAUAUUUAUAAAGGCACUUAAAGGCAUCGUAAACACCACAACAACACCUGUCAAACAGCAGCGGCGCGUUCAGCUGCUGUCAGCUAAUCCUGGAUUAGGCCCACUGUGGAUGAGAUUGGGGUUUUCUUACACCCAAUAAAGGCUCUUAAACUGCAAAAACGAAAAAAAAUUACCAAGUACUCUGGUCUGGUUUUUAGUGCAAAUUUCUUAGUAAACUUGGAAGAAGACAAAACUAACUCGCAAGUAACUUAUCGGCAAAAAUACGGGCGUUUGUUUUAAGUCAAUAAUUCCUUAAUAUAGAUGAAAAUGUAUUGGUCCCAUUGGCAGAUUAUUUCACUUAUACCGAGACAUUUUCCCUAGUUAUAAGUGGAACUAGAGCUUUUUCCAUCAAUAUUAAAGGAAUUAAUUAUUUAAAACAAGCUCUUAUAUCUUGCUGAAAAGUUACUUGAUAGUUUUGUCUUGGUUCACGUGAGCUGAGAUAUUUGCAUUAGAAACUAAACAUUUGGUGAGACUUUGUGUUUUUGCAGUGUAGGUGGUGAUUCAGCUCUGGAAAAAGAGGCAUAAUUGUUGGCAGAUUUCAGGAUAUAAAAAUCUAAUAAGUUCGGGUUCAUUUUUUUUUAUUUUUAUUGAAAGCUUCAUAUUUGAUGUGAACAGACUGAAACUCGGCUCUAAAAGUGAUUUCUUCAGCUCCACAAACUGCCUCUGCUUAUAGUGUCUGACUCGUCGGGCUUCAUGUUUCCCACAGAAACUUGAGCGCACACGAACGCAUCAUGGCGCCACUCGCUCGUCUUCACACGCGUCGAGUCGUGAGGUCACAACAGGAAGGUGUUGCUCAUCAACACUGGACACUGGAUACGACCGAACCGAGCUCACCGGUUCGGUUCCUCAUCCAAUGAAAGGCGAGACUGUUUGAAUCCUUAGUUUACUGUUCUUCUAGCAGAUUGCACUUAAACUCUUGAAGUUAUAUAAAUAUAUCUAAAAGUAUCAGACCAAAUCAGGUGGGUAUGAGGGACUUCCUGUUGAUCACAAUCCACUGGUGUAGAUUAUUUCUUAGAUUAAAGAAAACAAACGUAAUGUUUGAUCUCAAUCUGCAUAUUAGCUUUUUGGUGAAACACUGGAGCGCGGCUCUGAUAAGGCCUUAAUUCUUCUGUUUUCAGAUAUAUUACUGCUUAAAUGCAAUUUAAAGUUAAUUUUGGAAAGUUUUUAUUUUUCAUUGUGCUGCUCUGGUUUGAAAAGGAAACCUCUGGUGGAUCAGACGUCCUUAGCUUGAAAGUCUGUGCACUGCAAAAACACAAAAACUUACCAAAGUGUUUUUGUCUAGUUUCUUGUGAAGGGGUGUCAAAAGUGUGGUCCAGGGGCCGUUUGCGCCCCUUUGAGUAGUAAGGAGUGGUCCUGGUCUUUUAUUAGCCAUGUUGUUUUUUGUUGCUUUUAUUUUAAUGUUCGUAGUAAGUAGGGUCACAAAUCUCCCAAUGACUUCUUACUCCAAAACAAAUUUAGUUUAAUCAAAUAAUUAAAAUAAACUAAAUCCGGUUAAGUAUUGUCAAAGGCUGUUCUCAUUUUUGUUGCUGGGAAUAAACUAAAACAUGACGUCUUAACCAACAAUUUAGGAAACCGUCCAAGUUUGAGACCCUAUUAAUGACUUUUUAUAUAUAAAAUAUUACAUGUUAAUCUUUCAGAGCAGCUAAAAAGCAAAAACUUCACAAUAGAAUUAUUUUCCUGUUUUUAACUGAAAAACAUACAAAUUGUGGCUCCCAAGUAUUUUCAACUUGGCGAUUUUUAGCACACGGUGCAAAUUAACAUACAAGUAACUUUUCAGCAAGAUAUAGAAGUUUGUUUUAAGUAAAUAAUUCCUUAAUAUUAAUUUUAAGAAAGAACUAAUUCCACUGGCAGAUUACUUGACUUAUAAUACGAUAUUGUUUCUGUGUUAUAAGUGAAAUAACCAUAACAGUGGAGCUGGUACUUUUUCAUCAACAUUAUGGAAUUACUGCCUUGCAACAACCUGCAUCUUGCUUAAAUGUUACUUGUUAACUUGUAAGUCAGUUUAGUUUUAUAUUGAAAGUACACUAAGAUAUGUGCACAAGAAAGCAGACAAAAAUACUUUGUAGUGUCAGAAUGUUUGUGUUUUUGCAGUGAUUGGAUCUCUUCAAGAAACGAAGCACAAACAAACAGUUCAUCAUCGUCGAUGAUGCAGGAAAGAGUUUCAGGAAAGAGUUUUCCAGAUUUCUUUUUUUGUUUUGUUUUCCUUUUCUACGGCUUUUGCUUUGAAGGUGAGCCGAAACUUUCCAAGUCUUCUGAUUGUUGUUAAAACUGUGAAAAGCUGCAGAGUGCUUGGCCUGUGCAGCUGUUUAUCUCUUCAUGUUGGACUGUCCUGUUGCGCAUCUGUCAGUCUGUGCUCAUGUUAAACCUGGAACUUUUUAAUUGGUCCGUCAGUCUAGAAAUGCACUGAUUUGACUUUAACUAGACAAAAACUAUUUCCAGCUUUCUUUCUUUUUCCCCUCUGGGGAUAAUGUCACUAAUGUCUGCAACCUGCAGCGCUUUUAGACCUUCAAUGGCUCUUCAAAAAUCGGGCUUACGUUGAUUUUAUAAAAAUCAAUUUUAAAAAUACAUUUAAUAAUAAAUUAUGAUUAAACCGUUUUUUGUUUUUUUUUCUUUCCACAACACAAUGACACUGAAUUAUUGGGAUAUUGUUUUAGGUCUAUUAUUUCUGUCAAUAAGUUGGAAAUCAUGUUUUGUUCAGUGUCCAUAAGUUUCUUUUCUGCAAAUGUUUUGCUUUUGUUUAUUUUAAGCUCUAAAAACCGAAAUAAAAUCAGGAUUUUUAAAAAUGGCAACAAUUUUCCUGAAGUAGACGCUUACCAAAAGUUUUACGUUGUCUUUAGAUUGAUUAAAAAGUAUCAGUUCCACUAAAAGAUUAUUUCACUUAUUAAAACUUCAGCAUCUUACAUAAGGAAAUGUAUCCACCUUAAUUUUUAGGCGAAUGUUUUAUCUUACAAUCUAAACAGAAAAAUAAAACGGGGACGUUUAAAAAUGCCGAUAAAUUUUCAUACGUGAAAACCUUUGAUUUUUAUUUUAUUUUUAUUUUUGAAGGUUUUGUUACAUUUGAUUCAGUAAAGUUUGCAGACUCCUGAUCCAAGACGCUCCACCAGGUUCAUGUAGCGUUUUCUGUAACUGUAGUUGUGCCGUUUAAAGACUGAUCACUGUAUUGAGCAGAGUCUAUAUUACUUUUCUAUGUCAAGAGUUUUAGAAGUAUAGCAGCAGAGUUCUAUAUAGAUUUUAUUGAGUAGCUACUAAAUGAUUUAUAGGUGUUAUUCUUUAUACUUAUAUUGCCUUCCCUUGUCCAUGUAGAAGCGGUGAGUUUUUAAUAGUUUAAGGAAAAUAGAAGUGGCCCGAAAAGGACUGCAGUUGUUUCUCAGGAUCAGUUAUUUUCUUCACUCAGAUGUUAAUUUAUUAAAACAUCAAAUUUGGCCUGUUUACUAAAACCAACCUGUUGAAGGGAAGUAAACGGGACAAUUUCCUCCAGGGCCCAAAUGAUGGCAGCUCGUUUAAAUGGUGAUAUUUUCUAUUUGGUUUUUUUGAGAAAUGUGUGACUGUAAUCCUUUCAAUGCAAUGUUUCAUGUAAAUAAAAUACUGUUUUUUGGGUUUUUUUU